AUGACUAAGAGAUUUAUCUUCACCUCCGAGUCUGUCUCGUCUGGCCAUCCCGACAAAAUGUGCGAUCAAAUCUCCGACGCCAUCCUCGAUGCCUGUCUUGCCCAAGAUCCGAACGCCCAUGUUGCUUGCGAAACCGCAACGAAAACUGGGGUCGUUUUUGUUCUAGGUGAGAUCAGCACACGAGCGGUAGUUGACAUUCCUAAGAUAGUUCGUAAUGUAGUGAAAGGGAUUGGAUAUGAUAAUACAUCGAAGGGAUUUGAUUAUAACACUUGUUCAGUACUUUCCUGUGUUGAACAACAGUCUGUAGAUAUAGCUGAAGCUGUUCAUGUAGCGAAGAAAGAAGAAGACAUAGGAGCUGGUGAUCAAGGUAUUAUGUUUGGGUAUGCCACUGAUGAGUCGAAAGAAAUGAUGCCAUUGACUCAUGUCUUAGCUACCAAAUUAGUCCUUCGAUUACAAGAAUGUCGUGAGAAAGGGAUUUUGCCAUGGUUAUGUCCCGAUGCAAAGACACAAGUCACUUUAGAGUAUGAAGACGUCAAUGGUAAAUUGGUACCUUUAAGAGUCCACACCGUAGUCAUCUCUACUCAGCAUACCCCUGAAGUCUCCAACGAAACUAUCGCUCAAGGACUUGAAGAGGAAAUUACUAUGAAAGUGAUCCCACAUAAUCUGAUUGAUAAGAACACUCUGAGAUACUAUAACCCAAGUGGACGAUUUGUCAUCGGAGGACCAAUGGGUGACGCUGGGCUAACUGGGAGAAAGAUCAUUGUAGAUACCUAUGGAGGAUGGGGUGCUCAUGGUGGAGGAGCUUUCUCUGGAAAGGAUUCAUCAAAAGUGGAUCGAAGUGGUGCGUAUUGCGCUCGUUGGAUUGCUAAGAGUAUUGUUAAUGCGGGACUCUGCCAUAGAGCUUUAGUACAGUUGAGCUAUGCUAUUGGUGUUGCUCAUCCACUCAGUGUUAAUGUUAACACGUAUGGAACAGGUGUCAUUCCAGAAGAAAAAAUAGUCGAAAUCAUUAAUAAGAACUUCGAUAUGAGACCAGGUAUGAUCGUCAAGAAUCUUUGCUUAAAGAGACCAAUUUUCCAGAAAACGGCAGUCGGCGGACAUUUUGGGAGAAAUGAUCCAGACUUCUUAUGGGAAGUCCCUAAGAUCCUCGAACUCGGUGAUGACGUCAGAGAGAAACUUAUUACCGAACGUUUGUGA